GUAGGCUACAGUGAGAGUAUUAUAUUAGAUUAAUGUUAGGUAACGCUGUGUCCAUUCCUUGCCUAGAGAUGCUAAGUUUCUUCAUUUACUCAAGGCUAGUUUUCUAUGCUAUUGGAAUUUUUCAGUUGCCAAAGUCUAACCUUUUUUAAUUGCCACAAAGGAAAUGAUCUUGAGACAGACUAUAAUCAACUUCAUGGUAACUGUUUUUAUGCUAACAAAAUCAUCAAUAAAGCUUGCUAAUUUGUUUGUAUUGUGUUGCUCCCUCAAAUAUGAAGCACGACUCAUAAUCUUUGUAUUUCUUUUUAUUUCAAAUGCCAAGAGAGAGUGAUGUUUAUUAUCUAAAGCAAAAAUUCCUAAUUCUAGCCUAUUUAAUACUUUUCCUGAAGAAUGUGUACUGCUAACUAAUCAAGUGAAAGUAGUAAUAAUAUUACUUCUUUGUUGAGAACUGCACUGCAUAAAUUGAUAUUAAAAAUAAUGACUUGUUUUUAACUGAAUGGAGAUAUCAUCAGAAUAUUAUCUCUGUCUCUCUCCACCAAUGUGCAAUAAAUCUGAAUAUUUUUGUUUGGUCUCCGUAGACCUUAGGUUUGUUUACAAUUCUGAUGUUCUGUAGUAUCAUUGUUCAUGAUGGACAAAAACAUAUUAAAUAAAAAUGUUUGAAGGAUUCAAGAAUCAUUAAAUAAUGUACAAGUGAGUUAAGAAAAAAAUAAUCUUUUAUUUAACAUGCUUUUGCCAAAUAUUUAAUUAACCAGAGUCAAAAAUGUAUUCCACACAAAGAUGUACAGUUUUAGUGAGUUAACAGGGAAACUAUUGCAUUCAAUAUUUUCACUGAGCUGCAAAGGCAAUAAACUGAAAGGCUCUUUAGCUUGAGACAUGUUCAUGCUGAUCUGAUUGAAGUCAGCAUAUGAGAUAAAAGAAAAAUUGGUAUGAAAUUUUAAUGAUUCACAAUCAUCUGUGAAUAUUUGAAUAUUUUUCAUUGAGUUAGUGAGUGUGUUAGGAAAUAUCUGUCCUUUGCCUCCAAACUUUUGAAGGGUUUUUUGAAGGGUUCUCAUGUUGGGAGAUAUUUAAACAGAUUUCAAGAUGGCCUGCUUUAAAUAUCAUGUCUUUCAGCAGUUUUAGUUUAGAAGUCACAGUGUUAAACAGGUACCUUUUAAUACUUUGAGUUCUGAUAACCCAACUUGGAUAUUUUCUCUAAACACGUAAUAAUUUUCAUCAAGAUAUAUGUAAAAUGGGAAUGUUUUAGGUCAGUAACUAUGAAAAUUUUUAUAGACACAAGGUUUGCUUUUUAGUGCAUCCAGGCAUGACACUAAGUACUUAAAACUAAACCUGCAAAAAUUGUUAUCACAUGAAUAGUAUUGCAUAUUCUUUCAUGGUACAAGUGAUUUUUUCAUUGUCAUUUAUUUAAAAAACUUACUGGAAAUUAUUUCCACCUGAAAUUUACUCCCAUCUAUCAAAAGGUGUUUCUUGUGAAUUUUACUUCAGAAUCCAUGUUUUGAAGGAGCACACACAUACUGUACAUACCUUUUUGAUCACCUCAGAUAUUUAAUUAUUUUUAAAUUACAAACAGCCCCUGUGCUGUUGCUAUUGAAUACACUGUGUCUAGCAGGAAAAGGUUUCUGACAGAUUUUACAACUACAGCUAAAUUAUAAUGUUCACUGCUCUCUUUUCCAUAGUUGAGUUUUAAAAUAUUUAAAUCCCAAGUAGCUUGAGUUCUGUUUCUUUUUUUUGUGAUGAACUACUGACUGUGAGUUAAACUGAGACAAAGGAAUGCAAUCAGACAAACAAUGAACUUGUGGUUUACCCAACCUGUUAUUAAGGGUUUCUUGAUGUAUUUUAUGUCAUUCUAAAGAACAACAAUAGGUGAGCUUAAUGUUUUAUUGUGAUGCUAAUUAUUCUUUUUUAACCAGAUGGCAAAACUUAAACAAUGAAAAAAUAACUGUGAAGGGUUAAAACUGAUGGAACUGUGUUUAAUUUAUUUGUUGGUUUAACCUCCUGUUGGAGUGAUCCCUACACAUAGUCUUCCUGCUGUUUACUUGUACAUGGCUGUUAAAAGAAACAAGAGAACAUUUACCUCUGUUGUUUUGAAAAGCACAUCUUUGUCACUCAAUCUUAUGUAUUCUCUCCUGACCUGGGGACAUGAAUUGGUUUAAAAAACAACUCAGGUCUGUCACCCACUCAGCUGGAGGAACAAGCAAUGGCAUAAGGAAUGCUGGAUCAACUUUUAAUAGACAUAACAAAGUAGCUGCCUCAAAUAGUAUAAUUGAUGGAAGAAAACACAGUAAGGAAAAGGUUUUAGUAAAUAAAGGUUCAGGUGUACUGAAUGCAACUCCCAAAACAAAAGUCAGUGUUGUUGAUGAAAACAGAUCAGAUGUGGGAGAAUCCCAACCAACUUCAGGUGAAAGACUUGAGGCAAGUUUUGCAUCUUUAAGGCGGAGUUCAGCCACUCCUGAUUUGCUCAACAGCAGCAGUGUAUUUGAUCUGUCAGAGGUACCCCACAUCUCGUCUAAACCAAGCAGUGCAGGCUCAGUAUCAUCCUCUCCUCGUCUCAAGAGACCUCCUACCAAGGAAUCCCGCAGUGUCUCCAUCUGUGAAACAGAGAACUUUCUUCAGCUCAAUCAGUAUAGACUUAUGGAUGAAAUUGGGAAGGGCUCAUAUGGAGUUGUUAGACUCUGUUACUCUGAUUUUGAUCAGACAAACUAUGCAAUGAAGAUCAUUUCAAAGAAAAGGGUGAUGAGAAAGGCUGGCUUACGACGUCCUAGUGAUAAAGGAAAGAACACAGGAUUGGAAAACUUGCAAAGAGAAAUUGCAAUUCUAAAAAAAGUUGAUCAUCCCAAUGUUGUGAGCCUCAAUGAGGUUUUGGAUGAUCCUACUGAGGAUAAUCUCUAUCUGGUGUUUGAGCUCAUGGAUGGAGGAGAGGUGAUGGAGGUCCCUGGGCCAGCCUUGUCAGAACAAAAUGCUAGGAAAUAUUUUGUUGAUGUUGUGCUAGGAAUUGAAUACUUACAUUAUCAAAAGAUCGUCCAUCGAGAUGUAAAGCCAUCAAAUCUGUUAUUGGGAGAAGAUGGCCAUAUUAAGAUUGCAGAUUUUGGAGUGGCUGAUGUUUUUGAAGGUGAUGAUGCUUUGUUAAAUAAAACUGCAGGCUCUCCAGCUUUUAUGGCUCCAGAAACUUUACAAAACUCACGGGACAAAUACAGUGGAAAAGCGGCCGACAUAUGGGCACUUGGAAUCACUCUUUACUGCUUUGUCUUUGGCAAGGUUCCAUUUGACGACCAAAAUAGGAUGGGACUGUACGAGAAGAUAAAGACUGAACAGCUGACCUUUCCUGAGGAACCUGUAUUAAAUCCCCAGUUAGAGGAUCUUAUUUUGAGAAUGCUGACGAAAGAUCCCAGUGAAAGAAUUACCAUACAACAGAUCAAGGAGCAUCCGUGGGUUACUUACGGCGGUAAACAUCCUCUCCCUACCACUGAAGAAAACUGUUCUGUUAUUGAAGUCACUGAUGAUGAUAUUCAGAACAGUGUAAAGUCUAUUCCAAAAAUUAAGACCCUGAUACUUGUGAAGAGUAUGUUGAAAUAUCACACAUUUGGGAGCCAAGCAAAAAUAGAGCGAAUACGAUCACACUCACAACCAAACAUCGCACGAAAUGUAGAAGACAGGGAAAUUACUAAAAUAUGAUCCUUAUUUUAAACUGGAUUGUUCUAACGUCUGAUAACCCUAAAAACAUUACCCUCCGAGUGGGUAUUAGGAAGGACGGUGAGCAUGCAGGCUACAAUAUUCAUUUUGAUGAACUAUGCCUCUUUUUGUCUUGCCAUUUAUACGAUAUUAAGGCUUAUAGAUUAACCAGCUUUGUUUUUUGUAUAGAACUUAGUAAAGAACCCGUUACCAGCCAAGAGAGAAAACUGUUAAGUGUAUAUAAACAUGAGAACGAUGCUAAUGAUAUGGUUGAAUGAGAGAGAAAUUAUUCUUUGCACAAAAACAACCUUAAGCACAGAAAACAUUACCGAGACUGUUUAGGAGAACCGAAGAGGGUCCAAUUUUGAAAGUACAUUUUAUCUGAAUCCCACGUCAAUGUUUUUCGGCACUGAAAACGAAAGCAUUUAUUAGGAUCACAACAUCUUUUUCGUUACCUUCAACUCAUUUUGCGAAGGAAAAUACAGAUAAUCCUAAAAAUACAAAAACAGUUACGGAUUUAAUUAGAGUAGUUAGGAUAAUUUAUCAAUGGAACGAAGUUGUAUUUAUUGAUUCUGUUAACGGGGCUGAAACACAAAGCCAGAAAGAGCUUUAAAGGUGAUGCAAAAUAUGUAUAGAUAUAGUUUGAAUAAAUGUAGCUAAGAUUUAUUAUAAAUUAUAGAUUCAUACACAGCCACCAUGUACACAAAUGUAAGUCGGAAGUUGACAGCCCUCUGUUUUGUUACAUUUUCCGCGGGGCAGAGUGUGGUGGCUGCGAUUUUUUUCCCUUUAUCUAAAUCUCAGGCUUCUCCCAUCAUGUGUGUAGUUUUUGUGUGCCUUUGCCUUUCAUAAGCUUGAUACCAGAAAGGGAGGCUGUGGAAAGUCUAAAAAAGGUUUCAUACUGGAUAUAUAUCUCAAAGUAAAGAGCAUUGAAUGCGCAUAUAAUUUUACUGUUAAGUAAUGACGUGUUUACAACGUAUACAUGGUGGACUGGUUCGUUACUUUGUGUGUGUCUCAGUUCUGGAAAAGGAAACUAACAGAUAACCAGACCACUGGAAUCUACAUUAUUUUUCUCAGUACUUUAGAACUAUAUCACUGCAAUAUUUAUUUGAUUCAACUGGCCUGUUCAUAGCUUCUUCACAAAAAUAUCUAUUUUUAACAUUAUUUUCGUCGAUUUCUAAAUACUCAGAAAUGGUUUUGCGAAUCAAAGUAUAGGUUCAGUUUUUAUCUUGUUAAUGGUAUGAAAAAAUAAAUAUUGUUUAUGGCU